AUGGAUGCCAUUCUUCUCAAGGCUGAUGCCUACGAGACUUUGCCUCCCUUCCGACGCGCCUACUAUGCAAUCACAUAUCAGCCUAUCAAUACACUCACAUUCACUGGUGUGCUGGACGGCUUUAUGGGAUAUCAGGUGAACAAGCUUUCAUUGAUCAAGACGCUCACCUUCACUUUCAGCGAUGGGGCUCAUCAACUGGCCAUCACCUUUGGUGCUGUAACAUUCAGCGCUGUCGCUGCCUCUCGUAUGAUACAUUCUACAUUGAAGUGGACAAAAGAUAUCAACAUUGCGCCAAUGAGCCUAGAAUGGGAGCGGACUGUUGCAUUCUUUGGCUCGUUCAUUGGUGAUAACUAUGGUCUUUACACCUAUCAGAACAGCGUCACCAUGUCCACCAGACCAUCUACAUUGGAGCAUCCUGACUAUGUGGGCAAUUCUGGCAGUACGUCACUCAACAAGAUGCUUAGCAAGGCUUCUCCAAGCAAGGCUGUUGUGGGCAGGCAUGGUGGUCCUUCUACCAGUGCUGAUGGAAAGCGUGCAGCUGGCUUUAUCUUACCGCAGGGAAAAGUUCCCAGCACACUUGAUCAUUGGGAUGAUGUUGUUGUAUAUGACUGCAUCGCAUUCUUCCAGGGCAUUGAGAGUCGCAAGCGAGAUAACGAGUUCUCUUUCAAUUCACCCUGGCCAGUAUAA